CUUGAUUUGACCACUAAAUUGUGUUGAAUGUGUCAUGUUAUGCUUUAAUGUAAAUUGUAACCUUUGAUUUGCCUGUAGCAAGGUUGAAAGUAUUUAACCCAGUAUUUUAUUUUAAAUCGAAACAUAUUUUUCAAAAUGAGUGAAAUGGGCCCUGGGGAGUAUUUUAUUUGUGGUGGCUUUGGGGGGAUAUGUACGGUCUUAGUGGGACAUCCCCUAGAUACAGUAAAAGUAAGACUGCAGACUAUGCCUGUUCCAAAAUUAGCAGGCGAAGUUCCUUUAUAUACAGGCACAUUUGACUGUUUUCAAAAGACGAUAAGAAAUGAAGGCUUUAAGGGUUUAUAUAAAGGUAUGGGAGCACCAUUAGUAGGUGUAGCACCUAUUUUUGCCAUUUCAUUUCUUGGAUAUGGUGUUGGGAAGAAAAUAUUUAGCCCUUCUGGUGGCAAACAGUUGUCUUAUUUAGAAUAUUUUUCUGCUGGGGCCUUUUCCGGUAUUUUUACAACUGUGAUAAUGGCUCCUGGUGAACGGAUCAAAUGUUUACUUCAAAUUCAGCAGGGAGCUAACGCUCCUAAAGUAUACGAUGGGCCUGUAGAUUGUGCUAAAAAGCUAUAUAAACAAGGGGGCCUGCGAAGUAUCUACAGGGGAUCAGGAGCAACACUAUUAAGAGAUAUUCCAGCAAGUGGAAUGUAUUUCCUAGCAUAUGAAGCAAUUAAAGACUAUAUAACAAAUAAUGGAGAAAAGCCUCCGAGCAUAUUAGGAACGAUACUAGCAGGCGGUGCUGCGGGUAUUGCUUACUGGGUAGUAGGCAUGCCUCCAGAUGUAUUAAAAAGCCGUCUUCAGACAGCCCCUGAAGGCACUUUCCCGAAUGGAGUGAGAGACGUGUUCAGACAUUUAAUGAAAAACGAGGGCCCACUCGCUUUAUACAAAGGAAUCACCCCCGUUUUCUUACGGGCCAUCCCGGCCAACGCUGCUUGUUUCGUAGGUUUCGAACUCUGCAAACAAUUUUUGGACUUCUUGUUUCCCAGGAAACCAAAAGCCGAGGAAGCAAUCCCCAUGUAGAAUCACUGGUUGAAUAUGUUCGACAUGUUUAUGAGAUCGAAUUGCUAAAUUGUUAUAUUUUUGUCCAGUUUUGUACAUCGGAUUUGUAUCACCAGAGUUUAUAGUUUCGUAAUAAAUUUUGUGAAUAAAUUUUUUUUUUCUACAAACAAAAUAUACGUACAGUGAAAAAGUUCCAAACAGCUUCAAUGAUUUUUUU